AUAAUAUUGAGAAUUAGUGAUGACGUAAUGGUUCCUAAUUAACUUGGGUAAAUAGUAAAUAUUUUAUUAUGAAAAUUGAUUUAAAAAUAUUUUAUUAUAAAUAAAAAAAUCAUAACUAUAUUUUUUUCAAUUGGCUCAAUAUAUAAUGCAAAGAAAAGGGUAAGAUGGAUAUGAUCACCCAACUAACCAUCGAAGCAGGGGGAAGACUGAGAACCUAAAUUGGGAAAAAUGGUAAUUUUAAGGCAAAAAUUUUCAACAACAUAAAUUAAUGAAAAUAAUAACCAUUAAAAAAAUCUAUAUUACUUCCUCAUAACGUGGCAAAUUCAAAGUAUGUUGUGGACGUGAUCAGCUUUCCCCACAAAAAUCUCUCAAUCCUCUCCUUUCUUCUCUUUCUUUUUUCUCAAUGCUUUAUCAAAACCAGUGAUCUCUUUCCCUCUUCUCUGUUUUCUUCAUUUGCUUCUUUUCCUUUCUUCGUUGCUUAGCUCUACAGAAAAUUGCAGGACAACAUGGCGAAUUCGGCAUCUGGAAUGGCUGUAAACGACGACUGCAAGCUCAUGUUCUUGGAACUUAAAGCAAAAAGGAACCACCGAUUCAUUGUGUUCAAGAUCGACGAGAAAAUUCAACAGGUGAUGGUAGAAAAGAUGGGGAGUCCUCAAGCAUCGUAUGAUGAGUUUACGAGCUCCUUGCCUCCUAAUGAGUGCCGUUAUGCUGUUUUCGAUUUUGAUUUUACUACUGACGAGAAUUGCCAGAAAAGCAAGAUUUUCUUCAUUGCUUGGUCUCCUGACACCUCCAAGGUGAGGCAAAAGAUGCUUUAUGCGAGCUCCAAGGAUAGAUUCAAGAGGGAAUUGGAUGGGAUUCAAGUUGAGUUGCAAGCCACUGAUCCCAGCGAGAUGAGCUUGGACAUUGUCAAAGGCCGAGCUCUCUGAAUUUAAAAGAAAAUCGCCAUUAUUAUCUCUUCACCAUCCUAUCAAUGAUGGUCUUGACUUUGAGUUUGAAUUAUUAAUGAACGUAAUUAAUGUUAUAUUUAUUUAGGAUUUUUUUUUUCUUCCUCAGUGAUCCAACUAUAUAUUGGUAGACCAAGUCUUAAAAUUCUUUCAUGGAAACAACGUUAUAAUAAAUAGA